AUGCGGCACCACAGGCUUGCGCACCAUAGAGUCAAGCAGUGCAAGCAGUGCUACGUCGACCAGCACGUCGGAGCCGAGUACCAUAGGUCCGUGCACCGCGGAGACAAGCACUACCAUGUUGACCAGCAUGACUUCAAGCACUGCCACUUGUACCAGCACGACUAUGUCGAGUACCACAGGUUCGAGCACGACCACGUCGAGUACCACAGGGACCACCGAGUCAAGCACUAUCACAUCAACCAACGCGACUGGGUCGAGUACCACAGCUUCUGCGUGCCGUUCGCUGUCCUGCCCGCUCUCGCCCCGCCUCGCCGCUCGCUGGCCUCGCUGCCAUGGCGCCUGCGAGCCAUCGCCUGGCUUCUGCAUUGCGGCGGCGCAGUGACUGGGCAGUGGCUGAAGCAUCUGCAGACCGAGCGGUGUGGGGACGGCGACCUGCCAGACGACUGGCUGGCCACGUUGCCUGGGGCGGCGGACCUGUGGGAUCCCUGCCAGCUUGUGUGCAUAGACGAGCUGGUGAGCCUGGUGGUGCGCGCGUGCGACGUCGACACCGACCGCAUCUACGCGAGCAGGGGGCGUGGCGUGACGGUGCACGUCCGUGCCCACAGGAUGCCGGACGGGAAAAGAGGAGGGGCCCGAUGCUCCCUCCCCCCGCCGCGGGCGGGCGUCGCCGGCCCCCCGAUGGACCCGGCCGCGGCGGAGGGCCGCUGCUGGAGGGUGGUGGGCGGCCGCGACCUGGGCGGCAUCAUCGCCAGGCAGGGCAAGGAGCUCGGGUCCGACAGGCUCGGCGAGCGCCUCGCCGUGGGCGCCCUGCUGCGGCAGGAGCGGCUCGAGGACGGGCGCCUGUGCUUCCGGAAGCUGUCGGGCGAGGGCCCCGACCGCGGUUGGGUGAGCAUCCGGGCGAACGGCAAGGAGCUCGUGGUGCCCGAGAGGGCCGCCGCUCCGCCGCUGCCGGCCGCGAGGUGUCCGGCGCCCCAGUGCGCCAGGCCCAGGCCUCGCGAGUGCCGCGAGCGAGCCGCACAUCCCGGCCUCGAUAUUCGGCUCGGUGCUACGUCGCCCGUCGCGGUGCACUUCGGCAGUGCCCUGGUCCCUGGGUUGGUGCCGCCCCCCCGCAAUUCGGACGAGAGCUCCGUUCGGAAGGCAAACACCGUCACUGAUGCGCCGUUCUUCUCGUCCAGCAAGGGGCCGCACCAGGACAUUGGCUGUCGGAAGCCGCGCCCGACCGAAUGGAUGUCCGUGCGGUCCCUGUGCAAAGAAAAGAGAAACAUGGCCCCAGGGCUGAAGCUCCGGUCGUGCAAAGAGGGCAGGGUGCACCCGCGCCCCGCCUACCGUUCGAAUGCGGUUUUUCAGUGGGCCAGGGACCUCCGCAAGCAGGUCUACCUAGCGAAGCCGACGGUUUCCAUCAAGGGCUACGAGGGCUUGCUGGAGUGGGAAUCGCCCCCCAGACGCAGACUCGUGCUCCAGAUCUCUGGGGACACCAACGCUGCGGCCAGGAAGGUCCAGAAGGUUCGGAUAAAUGUCAUCGGCUCCGUGAUCUGCUGGGCCCACACAGCGCCGGUGCUCCACAGGAGGUCCAUGGGACUUCGGAAGAACUGCGAGGGCAGUUGUACCUUUCACAAGCGCGUGCGGUGCGAUGCGGGAGGGGUGGCGAUUCUCAUCAGUGGUCUGUCGCGUGAAGAGGCCAACCGUGCUGAGCUGGAGGGCCGCAUGCUUUGCGUUGUCACCGGUUCCAUAUUCGUGUUGGCGCGGGCUCGUUGA